AUGACAGUGGGAAGCCGCGGCCGGCCCCGGCAGUGCCCCGGAGCGUGGCUCUCGCCCGGAGCGGUGGCCAGGGCGCUGUCAUGCAGGACCCUACCCCGGAACGCGCCGAGGAGAGCCGGGCGGCGGCCUCGGCGGAGGGCGGCGGGGCCUUCUGCUUGCAGAGGGUGUUCGACGAUGUGCAGCGCUCCUCACAGCUGAGCGCGGCGCUCUCGGAGCCGCUGGCCGUGACGGUGGUGGCGGUGGAGCGGUACCUGGCGCAGGCGCCGCCCGCCGCCCCCCGCCAGUACUGGUACGACCUGACGCUGGCGGACGGCGUGGGCUGGUACCGCUGCCACCUCGCGCCGCGCCUCAACGGGCUGGUGCAGCGAGCGCGCCUGCGGCCGGGCACGCGCCACCGCCUGACACGCUGCUCGUUCCGCUACGACGAGAGGCGCCUGAACCGCGGCUUCUUCUGCUUGGAGGGGCUGGAGCGGGACGGGGGCCCCGGCACCGCCGCCGCGGGCACGCCGCCCGACGGGCACCGCCCGCACCAGCCCCUCCGCGGGAACAAUAGGCACUACCUGCCGCUCUGGAACAACGAGGAUCCCUAUGGAGACGUGUGGGUACGGGACAGGCCCCCGGUGCAGGUGGAUGUGGACGUCUCCAAACUGACUAAUCUUGGUCAUCUGGAAAUGACAUGGAGAAGCAGAGUGCAUUUCCAUCCACUUCUUGUGAGAAUCCUGCACAAAUCUAGACUAAAGUACUAUGGAAAACCAGAGAAAAAAAUGGAUAUGCCUUAUCAGGCUUACUUUGAAGUUGCUGAUGGCUCAGGCAUGAUGUCAAUGGUUUUGUGGAACUCUCUGUGUCCUGAAUGGUAUCACAGCAUGAAGGUUGGCACAGUGCUGCUCCUUGCCAAGUAUGCCAUCAAAUCCAGUUACCCGUUUAAAACACACCCCACCCCUGGGGAUUCACAGAUGAAGAGAUUUGCUACAAUUGAAAUUUGCCUCAAUGUUCGGGAUCCUCCUACUGAAAUAAGCAUUAUUCCAGAAGAAAUGGUUAAGCCAGAGUGGGGAUUACCUGAAGUUAAAUAUAGGUUUAUCACAAGGUCAGAGCUGGAUGCCUUACCACGCAAUCAUUCCUGUGAUGUUAUUGGUCUUGUGACAUUUGUAGGAAGGGCUGAGCGAGCCAGAAAAAGAGAACACAGUGAAGACUUCUGGCUGUAUCGUUGGGCACAUGCCAUUGAUGGCACCUCGGACCAGCCGUUCGUACUGGAAUUGUUUGCAACUUCUCAGCCAGAUGUGUUUGAGCAUAUUCAUCCAAUGACAUACUUGGUGUGCACACAGAUGAGAGUGAUGACUGAGAAUCCUUCCAGGACAGUUUACCUUACAACUUCAAAUGAAAGUCAAAUAUUCAUUAAAGGGUGGCACAAGGGCCAGCCAUACACCAAGGAUGCCAAAGUGAAAAACUUCAUUCAGUGGAUGGAAUCUCAAAGUGAAGCUGAUCAAAUAAAGAAAACUGUCAUCGGUGGCUAUUACCCUUUUCCACGGCCUCCUGAUAGCUUUUUGAAAUAUUGUAAAAACAAUGAAGUUGAAUCAGUUUUGAAACCCAUAGGUGAAAUAGGGAAAGAGAUUGAAGACCUGCACUACAGAGAACACAAGCGAAUUGCUGUUCAGGGCAUAAUCAGUGCCAUAAGAUACAUCAGCUGUGGCAAUGCAGCUGGGGAAGCCCCAGGAGGGGACCUGGUCCAGAAAGAUACCUCUCAAUCUCUUGGAAGUUCUUCUGUGUCCAAAGAAGACUGUGUUGACCAGGGAAAACAUGAAGAAAUUCAGUCUUUUCUGGGGCCACCCUGCACUCCUGGGGAGCAUCAGCCCCAAGCUCCACUGUCAAAAAGGAGUUCAGUCAAGAGAAGGACACCACACAGAUACAGAAGAGAUGCAGAACAGGGAGGUACAUCUGUUACUCCUGUAUCAUCUCACCCCUAUUUUACACGGACUGUAAGAAGAAAACUUGGCUUAGAUGAAUAUCAGCAUGGACAUUCUGUGCAAGAUAAAAAUGGACAGGCUGUGUCAGACAGUUUGCAGUAUUGCACAGAUCAAGAAGGAGUCAAUAAUAUAGCUGAAACUGAAGAGCCUGGGAGAACUUGUGGUUCCUGGCAGAGUGACCUGUGGGCACAAGUGAAAGACAAGUUAAUGAAUUAUUUUCAUCACAGCAAAAUUUUCCCAGAAAGUAUCCCACGUAAAUUUGAUUAUGUGCACAAAGACUUACUUAUGCAACAGUACAACCUUCAUGCAGCAGUGCACCAGCCAAUAGAAGCCAGAAUAGAUAAAAACAUCAAUGAAUUUAAAAGUGCUAUUGGCCUUGGAUAUUAUGAAGUGACAGUUCUGGGUAUAAACCAUGAUAUAGCAAUAGAUGUUGCUUUUCUUCCACUGUUUUGCCCUGACAAUCCCCACUUGUUUCAACUGGAAGACAUUCAGAAUGAUACAUUAUUGUCUUGUAUGAGUUGUAUCUCUGCCUGCCAGCAGAAGGCCACCAGCAGUGGGAGGCUUGGUGACACGUUUCCUCUUUCAGAUGAAAUUGUAAAAGCUGCAAAGGAGCUCGAUGGCAAACAUGUUAUCUGCAUCUUGGACAUGUGUCACUUGGGUGAUGACAAGGUGGAAGUGUUUCUGAACAAAGUCUACAAGACAGUGGAACCAGGUGUGCUGGACUCAGUGUAAUUUAAUAACUUAAUUUUCAAACGUAUAUGGUUCAAAAGGAGGGAAAUAAAAUUGCUGUAACUUGAAUGCACCCUCUAUACAUUGCACUUUUCUAGAACUAGUAGACACAAAUGUAAAAUCAUGAUUCUUAGGGCAGUUGUAGUGGUCAUCCAUGUAACUGGGGAGGACAACUGUUGCCUUUAUUUUUCAGACUUGAAACAGAUUAGACAAUGUCUUGCUCACUGAUGUUCAAGAAGGAUGAAUAGGCAGAACAGUGAGCUGAUCAUUUGGCAGGAUACCAAGGACUCAAAGUGAUUGUCAUCUUUCUUUCUUGGCCUGUGCACAAACAUACCAAGGAAAUGUACAUAUCUGGGUGAGAACUGAGAGGCAAGCUUUCCUAAUAUUUAAGGCAGGGUUUGCAAAAGAAUUAACAGGCUGUGAUAAGAAUUUUGGCUGGAAAUUAGAAUAAUUUUGAGGAUUAGAAUUUUGAUGUUCUGUGGGGAUCUUUGUUAGUGAAAGCUACCAGAGGCAGCCUAACUGCUCUUUAGGCUUGAAGCUUUCUGUGAAAGGGAUUAAAUACCAUGGUGCCUUUAGUACCAUGAUCCAGGAAACCACUUUCAGUUCUUCUCACCUGAGCAAGGUCAGGUGCUCUUUUUAUAUGUCUGCUUUUGUACACAGAGUAUUAGGUAGUGAGUAUAGCAUCCAAACAUUUUUGACAUAUUUUAUUCAUUAAUACGAGUAUUGAAAUAUUUUUUAAAGAAUUUUUGUCAUUGGAACUUGCUUUGAGCUUUGCAAGAGAAAGCUGCCUUUAAGAAGUGCUAAUUAUGGCAGGAUAUACAGUUUGCCACAUCAUUUCUAGGUGUGUUCUGAGAACAUUAAGUUCUGCCAAUAUGAGAAGCUGUUACUUCCGUAAAACCAAAGGACUGGAAAAUUCUGCCAACUUUUUGCCUGUACUGAGGAGCAACUGGCUCCUGCUGGUCCAGAAUCAAGUAGCACAUUUUUACCUCUGUUAAACAGUCUCAAAUCACUUGAGGAACUGGAUUCUUACAAAAUUAUUUUCAAGCAGGAGCUCUUUGCAAUUUGACUACUUGUCCAUUUGAAAUGCUGCUUUCAAUUCAAUUCUUUGAGAAGAAAGAAUUACGGAGACUUGCCAGGUAAAUUGUAUCAUUAUUGACCAAAGCCCACAGAGUUAAUUUAUAGGAACAGAUAAAUUCUUAGGUAGAUUUUAGCAGCCUGUUAGUAAUUGGAGAUUACCUCUUUCAAGUAGUAGUUGUCACUUGUCUGCCCUGGGGGCAGUGGACUUAGUCCUCCAGUACUUAAAGUCUGUCCCUAUCUUCAGUAAAUGGUAAUUUGACAUAGAAAUGUAACUGAUUUUGUUACAUACAAGUUCACAGACAACUUCAGAUAAAAAAUCAUGAAAUUAAUAAAACUAUUGUGUCUUUCUAGUGUAGUUUACAGUUUAAAAAUAUAUUAAGAAGAAUAGUUUAACUUAAAUUGCACUGUAACUAAAAGAAAAUGAAAUGUGACUGUAUUGUAUCUAUUUAAUAUGAAUCAGAAGUAUUAGUUCUGGAGCAAUGUUUGUCAAGUCAUGCCUUUCAGAGUACCCACAGAAGGCAAAAUGAAAAGAUACCAACCCAAGAAGAGCAGGGUGUUGCUUGCAGUAUUAUUUGUGUCAUUGUUCUGUUUAUGGGUAUGUGAAGGUGAGAGGCCAUUGCUCUGGAUUGAGUGACACAGUGCUUCAUGUUCCAAACUGAGCCAUGCUGACUGUGCCAGCCAAUGUUUUUUUAUUUACAUAUACUUCAGAUGGAAGUCUAAUUUUAAUGAAACUCUUCUUUAUUAAGGCAAUUUAAAAGGAAUUAUGUUUGUCAUCCCAAAAGGACUGAUGUGGCUGAAUUGUCACAGAGACACAUGAGUGAGAUGUCCAGCCACCUUCCUUCACCCCAUGCCACAGAAAUGGAGCCAAAGGCUGUUUGUGGCAUUGCACUGCUUAGCACCCUUUCAACAUAAAGCAUUAAUAUUUCAUCCUAGAUGUUAGGACUUCCUAACUCUAAAGGAAAUAUCUGAAUUGUUUGGAAUAGAGAUAAUGUUUUAAAACAUUAAAGGAUGUGAUUUUUCUUAAGUGUUUGAAAUUUUUCAUGGCAAAGGAGAGGUACUUACUCUCACAGAUUGGGGUGCCAGUAUUGAAAGCACAGGAUUUAUGUGCAGCUGGUGAAUAUCCAAUGCCUGUAGUAGACUUGGAAUUUUACUACUUUGGAUCAUUGUGUAGAGUCACCAUCCUACUAAAUAGCACUGGACUGAACAUGUGGAGUUCAGUGGCUGAAGUGCUGCAGUGUUAUUGUGAUUCUGCCACUCUGCCUGUCUCCCUCCUCCCUGCCAAUCCAGCACUGUCAGACUGCAGCAAGGGUUCUCUGCAAAGAAACCACUUGCUGUUUUACUUCUUUCAGUGUUUAUUAACACAAGUGUAAAAACAAAUUGAUUUUUGGUGUUGAGUCUGUCAAAAUGAUAGUUUUGCCAUGUGAAGCAAAAAUACAGUCAUUACUCCUGCAAAAUGGCAAAGGGAUCACCUUUAUUGCUGCUGUGUCUUGCUCAUGUUUCUUUACUGUGGAAGGUGGACCUGACCAAAGAACUUUACUCUAAAACCUUACAUGUGCAUGUUUCUUGUGUUUCAGCAUUAAUUUCAAAGAAGGGAGGAAGGUAGAGCAUAUGUAGGUAGUGGUACUUUUGAAUGUAUAAAAGUUCCUAAGUCAUAAAUCAUGAAAAUAAUACUAAUUUUGAAUUAAUGUGAUGUAGAAGUUGUGCAACAUUGAAAAGAAGAGAAUAUAAAUAAACAAAUUUAUAUAUGUAAACAUCUUG